AAUCAAAAUAAAAAACUAUUAUCGAUCUGGUCAAAGUUCGGCUGUCCGCCGUCGGCCCAAAUCUUAAGACGGUCCAAGCGCCGUGCCUUCCUUCCCGUCGCCACCUACCAAAGAAUUUCCGAACGAAUCGGGAGCUGUCCGCAGUUUGCCAGUUCAAUCGACCGUCAACUCAGUCUUCCCUUUCCGCCGGAUCUGGGUCACGAUGGCGGUGGAGCCGAAGAUUGCCCCGUCGAUGCUGUCGUCGGACUUCGCGAAUCUGGCAUCGGAGGCCGAACGGAUGAUCCAGUUGGGAGCCGAUUGGCUCCACAUGGACAUUAUGGAUGGGCAUUUUGUUCCCAACUUAACAAUAGGAACUCCAGUGAUUGAGAGUUUGCGAAAGCACACAAAGGCAUAUCUAGACUGCCAUCUUAUGGUUACAAAUCCACUGGAUUAUGUAGAACCAUUAGCAAAAGCUGGUGCCUCAGGCUUUACAUUUCAUGUUGAAGUGACAAAAGAGUAUUGGCAACAACUUGUGAACCAAAUAAAGAUGAAAGGCAUGCGACCUGGUGUAGCUUUAAAGCCAGGAACUCCUAUUGAAGAAGUAUAUCCACUGGUGGAGGGUGAAAAUCCUGUAGAGAUGGUCCUAGUCAUGACUGUUGAACCUGGAUUUGGUGGUCAAAAGUUCAUGCCUGAAACGAUGGAUAAAGUACGUACAUUGAGAAAGAAGUACCCUACCCUAGAUAUAGAGGUGGAUGGUGGCUUGGGCCCUUCAACCAUUGACUUGGCAGCUUCAGCAGGAGCAAACUGCAUCGUAGCAGGAAGUUCAGUUUUUGGAGCUAAAGAGCCAGGAGAAGUCAUUUCUAUUCUCAGGAAGAGUGUAGCAGAUGCUCAACUGAACAGCUAACAAUAUGCAUAAUAUUAUUUUGGAAUAUUUGUUGGUAUAUGUAUGAACUUCAGUUACUUGAAUAGUCAAUCAGAUGGUGCAUCUUUGCCGAUUGUUUGAAUAAACAUCUCUGUUAUGUUCUGGCUUAAAUUUUAUGGAUUAAUCA